AGUUUGACGUGUUUUUUUUCCAGCAUUUUUUCCCCUUUCUCGAUAUCGCAGAGUUCUCUUUGAGAAAGGACUCUGUAAUACGCGUUCAGCACCCCUCUCCCUCCUUUCUCUCCCCAUAGCUGAACAUAUUGGCGCCUGCCAUUGUUGCCUUCACACACUGAAGCACUCCGCUUUACCGGUUGAACAGAAAUCACUUUACAGUAUUUCCUCACCUUCACCGAGCUUCACGGCGAAGCCUUUUGGCACUUUCGCACCUUCACUCUCGCCGCUUUCUUCUCCCCCGUUCACAAGUUUAGAAAAAGAGAAAAGCAUCUCAUCCAAGUUCUCUUUUAUCGUAUUUCUUUGCCGCCAUAGACUUUGUUUUUUUUCUUGUUCGCGAUCUUAACGAAAACCCCCGGAAAACAGGAAGUGUUUCUUCAAGACCGACCAUUGACGUCUGCAACGAAAAGCAGAGGAGGUGCAUGUGCGUUUCUUAACGUCAAUCAUACAAUUCAUUCCGUCACCUGUUCAUUAGCUGCUAAUUUUUAUUUAAGCAUAUUCGUAUCUACCAUAGAUCCAUAAAGAAAAAAGUACCUUACAAUUUCCCUUCUUUUCUGUGUGCGCGCGCUUUCCCUUUUCCGCCAUUGUUCUGCUCCCUAUUGUCGUACAGCGACCACUGCAACAGAAAGAAAAAAAGAAGCAGCCAGAGCAAAUGGCAGCUAUGGGAGACUUUCCUCCAGAGUGCCCACUCGACGACAGAGACCUGCACUUCGUCACGACAGCAACGCCGACGUCACUGCUGUGCAGCCCAGAUCGAUCUGCGGCCUCACCACUGCAGCGGCGCAUCCGCCACACCCGACUCUUUCCUCCGCUAACGCCGUCCCUGGCAGCUCAGGGUCUUCCAACAGGGACAGCGACCUCGGCGACAGGCAUCACGACGACACCGACGACCACCACCUCCGCCACCUCCCCCCGCAUCGGCACCUCCGUCGAGGCCAUGGCGCCUCGCACCGUACUGCGGGCCAACGCGAUACAGCCCGUCGCGUCCUGGCAACCAACGCGGCUCACGUCGUCGUACUGCGUACUGAGCGCUGCCGGGGUGCAGGAGGACUUUUACACGAGUGCGCUGUCGUGGGGGACGCAUCAGAUGGCGCUGGCUCUCGAGCAAAGUCUCGUCUUGUUUCACCCCAGUCGACCGCGGCAGUCGUCGUCGACGGUGGUGAUCGCGCAGCCGCCAGCCGGGACGGACGUGUACGCGUCGCGGGCAUUUCAUACGCCACGCCGAGCCACCGCCGUUGCGAUGUCGCGCUGCCGAGAAAUCUCGUGUUUCCUGGGAACGUCGAACGGUGCCGUGGAGCUGUACGAAGGCCACGGUGACGGCCGGUUGCACUGCACCGUCGCGUUUUCCAUGCCAGAGCCACCGACGGAUUACUUGAGCUCUCUCCUUUGCGGUGACGGCAGCAGCAGCAGCAGUAAUAACAACGCCGCGUCGUCGCGCGCCGCUCGUGCGCUUUCCCUCCUCAGCUCUUCCGUGUCCUCUGUUGGCUGCAUCGGGACGAGUGACCGACAUCCGUGGCUCGGCGCGGCUGCCACGGCGGCUCGCGGGUUGGUAGCCCUUGACGCGAGACAGACGCAGCCGGUCUUGCGGUUUGGCAGCGACGGUGAGUGGAGAGCAGAGAGGCACUCGACCUGCUCUACGGCAACCGUCAGCGGCUGCGCAGACGCUUUCCCACUGGCCUCCUCCUUGUCGAGGUCAUCCGCGACGUCGAGCUGUGACGGAAGCGGUCUCAGCCGGUUGCAGCGCGCCUCUGCUUUUCUGCGGCAGCACGACCGGCUGUGCAGCGUCUCGUGGAACGCCACCGGCUCGCUCGUUGCGACGGGCAGCAGCGGUGGCGUUGUGAAGGUGUGGUCGCUGAGUGCCCCGCAGCGGCCCCUGCACAGCUUCAUUGUGGAUCAGGAGUGCACCGUCAAGGCCUUCGCUUUCCAUCCGGAACGUCCGUAUGAGUUGCUCGUCGGCGGCGCUGCCGGUGCGGCUGGGCUGCGCACCUACGACCUGUCCAGCGCAGACCCGAUUCUCGCGUGUUGCGGGUCGACAGCAGCGGCGGUGACGCAGGCGGUGUACGACCCGGCAGGUAAUUACGCCGUCACCUGCGCUGGCGCGCCAACAGACCGCACCGCGCCCUACUCGUCGCCGCUGUCGCUGUCGCCGCUGCAGCGUUCACCGCAGAGUGUAGCAGCAGCAGCAGCGGCGGCGGCGGCGGCACGCGCGGACAUCAACUCGCCUAGUGUGGGCAGUGUGUUGGACGGGAGCCCGCGAUGGCGCGGCUCUUCGCCGUCGCACUCGGGCGUUGGGUUGAGCUUUGGGCCGAGCUCCGCGGUGCCGCUGCUGCAGGACCCCUGGGAUGACAUGGACGCCGCGGCGGAGGAUGGCGCGUCCUUCCUUGCCGGAAUAGACGGACUGGGCGGCGCGGCGGGCGGAGGCCCCUCCUCCAUCGCGCCAGCCCACAGCACCCCGCCCAAUACAGUCGUCCUGUGGCGGUGUGCGAGUCGGUGCCGGGACAACUACUUGCGCGAGGCACUCCUGCGCGAGCCCACGAAGUGCGGGGAGGUGGACAGCGAUGACCUCCGCGUGGAGCACACGAACGCUUUCGAGGCGGACGACGACGCCAGGGAACGCGUGGGCCGCAACCCGCACUCGUCUCCCACAGGAGAGUGGCGCACGGGAAGGGUCAACUCCGGCGUUGAGGACGAUGGCCUGUCCAGCGGCGAGGACGGCUGGCCGCGAUCGGAGUGGCUGCCGAUGACCUCUCUGCCUGGGCAUCGCGCGCGUCCGUUGCUGAUUUGUGCACCCUUCGCCCAGUCCCCUUUUUCCGGCUGCUACGCCUCCCUCGCCGCGGGUGACGACUGCACGAUUCGCUUUUGGCGCCUCUUUGAAACCGUCUCCGAUGCGACGCACUGGCGGCACCGCCGGCAGGCACAGCAGCGAUCUGCCACAACGCAGGAGGAUAUGGACUUCUUUACCACACCCGUUCUGCGCUAAACACACGGGUGGCAUUUUUUUUCAAUAUAUCUCGUGCGGUAGAGCCUCAAAGGCCACCGUCCUAAAGGAAGAACGCGGCGACCUUUGGUUUUUCUCCUUGUUGUAGUUAUUCGAAUAGCUUUUUCCCUUUCUUCUUUUCUUGAAGAGCUCGGUGGCUUUCCGUUGAUCUUCAUUUCUGGUGCGCACUUCCACCGAUAUAUCGUUUUGUUUCGUUUCUGCUGCUUGUUGUUGUUGUCCUUUUUCUUCUAGCUGUUCACUUUG